AAAUUUCAACCACACCUCGGUGAUUUGGGAAACAGCAAGUCAUUUACACUCUCAGCUCUCUCCAUAAAAGAGACGAUUCAUUCCUCUCUUUCAGCCCGGGACUCUAUUUUACAUUGAAGAUUCUAAUGAAACAGCAGAGCCUCACAUAAACAACACAAUCAACUGGAUAAUAAUAUAGCUGUUGGAAUAAGGGGACUUGUAUAUAAUUACGACAAAGACACAAACAAGGAAUCUGUUAGUGAUCAGGACAGAGGUUUUUGGAUGAGCCAAGGCUUAUAUCACUAAGUACUGAGGAUUAGAUUCUCUCUCCAUCUCGUCUCUAAACGGCCUACAGGGUGGCGAGAGAGAGCGGGGAUUCGAACCGGUGCAUGCCGGAGAUGAGUGCAUUCUGGCAUAAGAUCGGCUGCUGUGUGGUAGCCAAACCUCCUCCGAAAAAGAAAUGGAGGAGAAUUGACCGUAGCAUGAUCGGAGAACCCACAAACUUCGUCCAUCUGACACACAUAGGCUCAGGUGAAAUGGCAGAUGGCAUGCAGCCGUCUGGCCCGAUCCAGGAGCAAAUGCGAUCCAAAGUGCCACAUGCGAAUGGACGAAACAGCUUGUUAUAGCCUCUUUACUGCUUUAUUGAUUUUACCCCAAGAUCCUCAGCAGAACUGGUCCAGCUAGCAGCACUUUACCAGAAUGGAAGACAGAUACUGGCUUUACAUCAACAGAACAUGUUUCUGUGGCUUCCAACAUGGAUGUCACCUCUGCAGGGUUUUUUAUGUUAUGGAUCCUCUUUUCAGAGGAAACAUUUGCCCCCCCCAAAGACUUAUUUAGUAGAUUUGGACCAGAAUGUAUGAGAAUGCGUGGAAAAAAGUGUGUGUGUGUAAUGUGCAUUUGACUGUGUUUAGACACUGGCAGUGCUUGUUGUAGAAGAGGAAAGGCUCUUAUCACGGUAAAACAGGGGACUAUUUGACUGCCUUCCUACAUGUAUAACUGGCAUGUUUGUCAUAGUCUGUCAUUGAUAUGGGUGUGCGCAAAUGUGUGUUUGCUUUUCUUUUGUAAUGGAAAUAAAUUUUCACCUAUAGCAUUACAGUGUCUCUAACUGCUUGCCAUUAACAGUUGCACAAAAAAAGUUGUUGUUUAGCAUAUGAUCCAAUUCCUCUCCAGUAUGUGUAUAGUAGAUAUACACCGAUCAGCCACAACAUUAAAACCACCUGCCUAAUCUAUUGUGUAGGUCCUCCUCGUGCCACCAAAACGGCGCCAACCUGCAUCUCAGAAUAGCAUUCUGAGAUUAUAUUCUUCUCACCACAUUUGUACAGAGCGGUUAUCUGAGUUACCGUAGACUUUGUCAGUUCGAACCAGUCUGGCCAGUCGGAGUAAAUUCUAGAAAAAUCCCAGGAGAUCAGCAGUUACAGAAAUACUCAAACCAGUUCCUCUGGUACCAAAAAUCAUGCCACGGUCCAAAUCAGUGAGAUCAAAUUUUUUCCCCAUUCUGAUGGUUGAUGUGAACAUUAACUGAAACUCCCGACCUGUAUCUGAAUGGUUUUAUGCACUGCACUGCUGCCACACGAUUGGCUGAUUAGAUAAUGGCAUGGAUGAUUGUUGGUGCCAGGUGGGCUGGUUUGAGUAUUUCUGUAACUGCUGAUCUCCUGGGAUUUUCACACACAACAAUCUCUAGAAUUUACUCAGAAUGGUGCCAAAAAACAAAAAACAUCCAGUGAGCGGCAGUUCUGUGGACAGAAACGCCUUGUUGAUGAGAGAGGUCAAUGUCAGUUUGAACCAGUCUGGCCAUUCUCCAGAGUCUACGGUAACUCAGAUAACCGCUCUGUACAAUUGUGGUGAGAAGAAUACCAUCUCAGGGUUUGCGCUGUUUUGGUGGCACGAGGGGGGCCUACACAAUAUUAGGCAGGUGUUUAUAUAUAUAUAUAUAUAUAUAUAUAGUAUAAAAUUAUUGUGCCAUUAUAGUUCAUCCAAAAAUGAAAAUUCUGUUAUGAUUAACACCCUCAUUCCAAGUGUAAUUUCAAGUCUGUACAACUUUCUUUAUUCUGUGGAGGAUAAAUGUGAGGUACUGACAGCCUCACUUUCAUUGUAUGGAAAAAAGAUGCAAUGAAUGUGAAUGGUGUCUGAGGCUUUCAGUCCCUAACAUGAAAAAAACAUGAGGAUGAGUACAUGACAGAAUUUUCAUUUUUGGGUGAACUAUCCCUUAGAGAUUUUUUUCUUUUUCUUUUUAGUUCUUAAUGCCAGCACGUCUGAUAAUUGCAUUAACAAACGCAGCAGGAUGGCUUUUUUAGCGGUAAAGAUUAACCCUCAAGUAUUAGAAAAAGGGUUUGUUCUUGAACUUCACCUCCAGUAGCUAUUAACUGUUUAUCCAAGUUGAGACUUUGAACACCGGAUAUAAAGUCACUGCCCUUUGCCAUUUAAACAUCACAUUUUGUCUCACUUUCACACGUCGAGCUCCACCUCAGACUAGCAUGAACACAUGCUCUGUUUCCAGUAAUCACACAGCACCAUUGUGCACACAGACUUGCAUACCUCGUAUACUUUACUCUGUACUUUAAGUUUGUGUUGGGCUGAAUUCUGCAUGUUGACAAACAGAUGUUUGCUUGUAAUUGUGAUGUUUUAUUUUUAAGAUCCCAAACUGUUAUUUACUUGUUUUUUGUAAUUUGUUAGGAUAUAUCAUAUAUUUUGGUAUAAAAAAACAUGCAUAGUGAACACUUAAGAACACUGUCAGUUUUGGUUUAGAAAUUCAAUGUUUUACUGUAUUUUUAGUAAGGAGUUGCCCAGCGUUGCUGUAGAAUCACUUUUCAUUUUUGGUAGACAGUGUAGAGAAAACAAAGAAGAUUUCAUCUCAGCCAGAGACCUCAAUAUCUCAGUUAACUUGAUUAUAAAUGUUGCCAACAGAUUUUUGCACCUUGGCUUUGUUUGUAUGUGAUUGUUUACUCAUCUUUAAGUAUCUGUCAUUUCACUUUUUAAAGCCAAAAUAUUUUAGAGCAAAGCACUCACUCUGCCCCCUUUUUAUUUUUUCUUUUAUAUAUUUUGUUUUAAUGAAUUUUGUUUUAGUUAAUUAGUCCAGCUCUUGAUUUUGUGAUCAAAUAUAAUGACGUUGUGUUGUUUGUAUCUUGUAAUUUUUAACUUUUUGUUGUGCUUUGAUUUGUAACAAUACAGUUGCACAAAGAAA